CCCCAAAUUAAACAAAUUGGCCCCAAAAUUAUCACAAAAUUACAAAUCCCACCACCACAUUCCCUCUUCCAUCUCUCUGUAAUGCCAAAAACGUGCGGUUGUUCAUGGCAGUUGAAAUUCUCGCGCGGAACCAGCCCCAAUUUCGUAAUUCUUUCACAGUUCACACACACAGCAAAAGCCAUGGAAGCUCGCUUCUUCUCCACCUUCAUUCUCGCUUGAGCGCCGGAGACUCGCCUCUAUUUUCCACCGAUUUUGGAUUUUCCCAGUGCGGACAGCGAUGGCUGAGCUUCCCAAAUUGCUCUACGUAGUAGUGGUGGAUGCGGGAGACAAGCCGGAGAACGGGAAAGGGUCUUUCAGGUAUACCCGUCAUGGGCUGCAGAGCACUCUGCAGCUCAUGGGUUGCAAACCGCGGCACGCUUUCAAGAUAAGCAAAUGGGUAUUUGAAUUAAUAAGAAAGGAAGAUUCAACUGAUGCUUUUCUCCCUGAAGACUUGGACAUGUUGGGAUCAGUUUCUUUGGUUGGAAAAACUGAAAUAGAUAGUAAUCACUACUAUGAUUGCUUAGAUGAAGAGGAGAUUUUCAAUAAUUUGGGUUCAGGAGAAGGUGAUAAUUGCAAGAAUAAUCCAUUCGAGUUAUAUAAAAGAAGCAGGACUGCUGUUGUUAGAAGAGAAACUUUCUUGGAUGUUAUUUGUGAUUCUCUGGCCAAGUACAAGUACGUUGGUCCCAAUCAGAGGGCAGACCUGAUGUUGGCGUGCAGAAUCCGAGAAAGGAAGGAGUCUGUAACUGUGCUAUUAUGUGGUACUAGCGGCUGUGGCAAAUCCACUUUGUCAGCGCUGCUGGGUAGUAGGUUGGGAAUUACAACAGUGGUUUCAACUGACUCUAUACGACACAUGAUGAGGAGCUUUGUGGAUGAUAAACAAAAUCCUUUGCUCUGGGCAUCAACCUACCAUGCUGGGGAAUUUUUGGAUCCUGUGGCUGUUGCUGAAUCUAAGGCUAGGAAGAAAGCAAAAAAAUUGGCUGGAAUUUCUCACAAGCACCUGAAAGAUGAAAGUGCUGAUGGUUUGAUGACCAAGAACUCUGACAGCCUAUUAAUAGGGUCAACGAAAGUUCCGAACAAUUUGGAAUUAAUCAGUCCAAAGCAGAUGGCUAUUGAAGGAUUUAAAGCGCAGAGUGAGAUGGUGAUAGAUAGUCUUGAUCGUCUUAUUACUGCAUGGGAAGAGCGGAAAGAAUCUGUAAUUGUUGAGGGAGUUCACUUAAGCUUGAGUUUUGUGAUGGGACUAAUGAAGAAACACCCUUCAAUUAUACCAUUCAUGAUCUAUAUAAUGAAUGAGGAAAAACACUUGGAACGAUUUGCAGUACGUGCCAAAUAUAUGGCAUUGGACCCAGCAAAAAACAAGUAUGUGAAGUAUAUUCGAAAUAUUAGAACAAUUCAGGACUAUCUCUGCAAGCGGGCUGACAAGCAUCUUGUUCCCAAAAUAAACAACACCAAUGUUGAUAAAAGCGUUGCUGCCAUUCAAGCAACAUUGUUCAGCUGCCUUCGUAGGCGUGAGGCUGGGGAGCAGCUUUAUGAUCCCUCCAGAAAUACUGUUAGUGUAGUCGAUGAGGAGUACAGGAACCAGUGUGUAGCGUAUUCAUUGAGUUCCAAGGGUAUGUUUCAGAUGAUCCAAAGGAAAGGUUCUAAGCAUUUGAUGGCUCUUGUUAAUACUGAUGGAUCGGUGGCAAAGGCUUGGCCCGUUGAUUCAGUAGAUAGCAAUGGUAAACCUCUUCUGGGCCUCAAGACAGAUGAUAAUGUAGGGAAUUGGAUGCGUGGAUCACUUAAUAUAGGUAAGGUUGAACCAGUUAAUCUUCAAUUUGGUCUUUAUGGCAUCAGUGCUUGGCCAAGUAGCAGUGGCCCUAGUCAUGCUAGUAGUCUUGAUGAGUCGAGAGCUGAAUGGACUGAUACUGGUAGUAGAUACUUCUCAUCUUGCUGCAGUUCCCCUAGGAUAUUAGAUGGACCUUCGAAGGAGCUCAAGGAGGAUAAUUCAGUUCAUGGUAGUGAUGACGAGGUUGACGAUCCACAUGAGUCUGGUAGUGAUGAAGACAUUAGUGAUGAUGGUGACAAGAUGUUCCAUGAAGAGAUAGGAUCAGUGGAUGAGGAAUCUACGAAAUCAGAUGAAGAAUAUGAUGAUCUGGAAUUGCAGGACAUCCUAGAGAGUGGCUAUCAAUCAGAUGAAGAUGAUGAGGAGGUUAAAGGAAAAUUUGAAUAUGAUUUAAUGGACCAAUUUAGACUCAAAAAAGGAUUUAAGCAUAGCCAAAACCUGGAUCCAUUCCCACAGAGUAAGAGAGGGACAUUUGAUCCCCUCCACUCUUAUUCAUCUAUGCAUGCAGAGAAGAAUGGAGCAGUUUGCUAACUGAUGAAAAAUCUCAAACAAAAGGCUCUCAAGCCAUAUUACAGCUCGUGCAAGAAUUGGUUAGCUGCUGGCGAUCUCGAUUACAUUUGGGAACUCCAGGUAGCUACUAGCUUUCUCUCUGUUGUUUUUCUUUUUGUUUUCCCUAACAAGAAACAAAGCCUUUUGUUGAAUAAUUAAUGAAAAGAGACCAAUGUUCAAAGGUACAAGCUCCCAAAAAGGAGCGGAAAACAAACAUAAAAGAUGAAAAACAAUCUUUCUUUGU